AAAAUGGGUCAGAAGCUCCAUAGGCGGCGAAGGGAGCUGAGAAGUGAGUGUCAACAAUCCAUUUAUUAAAGCUUCAAACCCGCAACGAUCGGCGUCCAUCAGUCCUGAAAUGAGUUAGCCACUUUGACUUUUACACUCCCAGAUUUCCAUAAAUUCAACUCUCAAACCCAAUCCCUGAUCAACCCUUUCUUCAACCUCUCCAUUUGGUCUUCAUUUUCCACCAUUCUUUCUUCUUGCUCACAUCACCAUCUCUCUCUCUCCCCCUUCUAAUUUUCAAGCAUUUGGUGGGGUUUUGUCGGCAUCUUUUGAAUGCUUCUUUCUGUCUGUACCUAAUGUUUGCUCCAAAUCGAGCAUCUUUUUCUUAGAACACCAAAGGGUUUUUGGUUUAUCAUACCAUGUCCAUCUCGAGCAAAUCCGACGGUAUGGCCUCUCCCUCUUUCCAUGAUUUGAAGAAGCAAGCUUCUUUCUUUUUCAAGGAGAAGAUCAAGACUGCUAGAUUAGCCCUCACAGAUGUCACCUCUGCUGAACUAUUGACUGAAGAAGCUAUCAGUGGAAACCCAGAUGCUAGAACUUUGAGUUCAAUUUCCAAGGCAGCUUUUGAGGUCGAUGACUAUUGGAGAAUUGUAGCUAUUCUCCAUAAAAGAUUGCAGAAAUUUGAAAAGAAGAAUUGGAGACUUUGCUACAACUCUCUCAUCAUUCUUGAACAUCUCUUGACUCAUGGACCAGAGAGUGUAGCAGAGGAGUUUCAGAGUGACAAACAUGUUAUUUCCCAAAUGGGAACUUUCCAAUAUGUUGAUGAAAAGGGGUUCAAUUGGGGCAUUUCAGUUAGAAACAAAUCAGAGAGGAUGUUGAACCUUCUUGAAAAAAGGUCUUUUCUCAAAGAGGAGAGGGACAAGGCUAGGAAGUUGACACGGGGGAUUCUUGGAUUUGGAAGCUUUUCUUCCAGAUCAAAGUCUCAAGGAGUUCUGGAAGAUUGUUCUUCAUCCAUUGCAAGAUAUGGAAAGUGCAAUUCAAACUUCAACAGUUCUGAUAAUCUUAACCAAGAACAUCAGGCUUUGUCAGAUCAAAAGACAGCAAACCCACAAGGAAACCAACAAGCUUAUGUAGUAGAUAGCCAUGGGAUCGAGAAGCCUGAAACUCGAGAAAGUGUCAAAGAGAACUUGGUUCCAAACAAGGAAGGGUCCAAUAGAUGGGAUAAUGGCGUGCUCGAGUCCAACCCGCUUUUGAGUGGUAAGGAGUUUAAAGAUGGAGUUUCACCUGAUGAGUAUCAUCCUUUCAUUGAUGAACCUGAAUCGAAUGCCUCGUUGCUUUCGAGAUAGGGAUAGGUUUCGAGUUCCAUCACAAUCCUAUGUCUUAUGUACAAAUGAACAUGAUACCUCAGAGAGUAAAUUUUCUGAAGAAUCUCUGGUAGUGUUUGGUUUUGUCUGCCUUGCAGAGUUUAAUAAGAAAGCCAAAAGUUUCUCAUUUA